GGAGCGCCUGCGAACUGAACAGCGAGCAAAGGUCCGUGUUGUGUUUCGAUAGGUGGGCGGAAGGGGUAUUUAAAAAUAAAAAAAAAUAUAUCGAAAUAUAUUUAAAAAGGCUUAUGAAUACAGGAAGUCACGCGAUAUUUAUUUAUUAGAGCUAAUAGUAUUAUUAUUAUAAUCCGGGUGUUGAUUUUUCUUUUAGUUUUUUAGAAUCGCCAAUAGCCUACUGUCUGUGCGUUUCCUUGUACGGUUUAACGCAAAUUCACAUAUUUACUAAUAACAGAGAUAAUUAUAGACGUCACUACGUGUGUUUUGUAGAGAAGUCGUUGUCGUGAUUGGUCAUUUUUUAAGUUGUCAGUUUCGAAUCAUUUCAAACGUCCGUGUGACAUUUUCUCUCUUCUGGAAAAAUAGAUUUGUACAGAUUGAACUUCUGCGUGUGUGUGCUGCUCAGCCAACAUAAGAGACACUUCAAAUGCUUUGCAUGAUGUGGCCAAACAACAAGAACGAAUCAAUAUCGAGCUGGGUAAGGUUAUUGUGCAGGAUUCUGAUAUGAAUCAUUAAUGCCAAAUUAAUUUCCAUUUGAAUGAAUACCGCGACCACAUUACUGUACAAAGGAAAGUUAUAAAAUACAAUGCGGGCAACUAACUAAAUACGUAAAAUAAAUACUGCUUUAUUAUUAAUUAUUAUUAUUAUUAUUAUUAUUAUUAUUAUUAUUAUAUAUUGCCGCUGUCGGGGUUUGAACCUUAGAACUCGUUUGAUUUGGAAAUUACGUCAAUGAUUGCACACACUAAACCAAACUGGUGGACCAGCAUUAGCAGUAUAAAUUAAACACGGUUUUCGUAUCCUUGUUUUGGCUAUACUGUUUUAAAAAUCUUUAAUAAAAAUGAUCCGUUUGUCGGGUCGAGUGUGGAGCCGCGCCGAGUCGUGCUGUCAGUUCAUGCCGAUUGUGAUCAACACGUUCCUGGUGCUGGCCAUCACGGCCGAAGUGAUGUAUUUGGUUGUGGUGGAGGCGCCCCGGGAACCGGGAGAGAAGCACGGCGAGUGGAGCGCGGUGUGGAAAGCGACGCACAUCGCCUCCCAGCUCUUCAUGCUGGGCAACAUCAUGUGGAACGCAAGGCUGUUUCUGAAGAGGAGCCCCAGCAUUCGGGGCGUGUUUCUCGAAGGAGCUGGAUUCGGGCAAGGCUGGAAGUACUGCUACAGCUGCGAGACUCACAUCCCUCCCCGCUGCUCACACUGCUUCGACUGCAAGGCCUGUGUGCUUCGACGGGAUCACCACUGCGUUUUCUUCGGCCAGUGCGUGGGCUUCCGGAAUUACCGCUACUUCCUGAGCUGUCUGCUGUACAUGAGCGCGGGGCUGCUGUACGCUGUGGUGCUCAACUCGGAGGUGUUCAUGCUCAUUCUUCAGGAGGGCCUCACCCUGCACAGCACCAUGCUACUGCUGAUGCCCUGGAUCAUGCUGGUUAUCGGUCAGGUGACCCCCCGUGCGUUCCUCUUCGCCUUCAUCGCUGACACCUGCGUGGUGGGCUGCCUGUGUGUCUCUGCGUUCCUCCUCUUCCACGUGACUCUGAUGCUCCGCGGGCAGACCACGCGGGAGUGGUACUCCAGCCGCCGGCCGUACAGCCUGGGCUGGCGCCGGAACGCGUUGGAGUGCCUGGGGCAGCGCUGGUACCUGGCCUGGCUGUGCCCGCUCAUCCCCUCACCCCUGCCCGGCGACGGGAUCCACUUCCAGGUCACUGCCCCCCUGGCUGAGACCCCCAGUACUGCAGCUCCGGGGCCCCCAGAAACUAGCCCCCUUCAGCGGGGACCAGCCGCAGCUUCACUCCUAGAACUGUAUUGUGAGCAACCCAGGCAAACGGCAUGGAGGACUGUGGGUUCCAAGCCACACAGCAGCUCUGUGUUCCCAGCUUUAGUGUUUCCAUAUUUAGCACCAUCAAGUGUUUAAUAGUUAUGGAUGAUCUAACACCUCCAGCAUUGAAAUAAUCAAUAUACUCAAUCUGGCAGCGAAGACAAACAGCUCAGUGCUGUCGGCCCUCUGUGUCGGUCUCUCCUCGCUCAUUGAGUUUGGUGUUACGCACUCAGAACCAUUGUGUAGCCGCUGUCAGAUUGAAGACAUCAGGUGGCCCUGGCGGGGUUAUAAAAACAAAGUAUUUAUUGUGCUGCCUCUCAAGACCCAAACUUCUAGUCCUUGUGAAAAUCCUCUUCUGUAGUCUGCAAUGGGGAGAAGAGGAGAGAGAGUCAGCUAAUAUAAUAUAUGUAGAUAUAUAUAUGUAUUGACUACCCCUUACCUUUUUAUUAUGUCUACAAUCACUUGUUGGUUCUUUUGCAGUUACUACAUUUGAAAGUGUAUCUAGUGGUCUGCCACUUUGGAAUCAAAUCUGCUUUUCCUGGCAGUACACUGCUGUGCACUAGAUGGCGCUGGUGCUUACUAAUGGGGCUUUGGCUGAUCUAGCCUGUGGUACAGAUGUCUAUGGCAGACAACUAGAACUGGAGAGAAGCUCCUGAACUG